GAAGAGUGAAGAACUAACCAAUCGAGGAGUCAGGCCUGUGAGGAGCAAUUGUAGUCCCUCCCCGGGCCGCUAAGGGCUGAGAGGGGAGCCGGUGCUGCUAAAUGCUCGUGCCUCAGAGGGACGAUGGUGGAGGGCUGGUAAACAUGGCGGCGCUCUCCGAGGAUGGGAGGUACGGAUUAAAUUGUGGCCAACACAGCGCAGACAGAGUCACCGUUCUGCACGUCAAAUUGACCGAGACAGCACUGAGGGCGAUUGACAGUUACCAAAAUUGCACGAAUGUAUCCUCUUUGCAGCCAACAAUACAAUUCAAAGGACUCCAAGGGUUUUGUUCCGUGUGUGGAUUCUUUCAGCGCAUUAAAAUACCCAGGACAGAUUCUUCUUCUGAUGCCUCCCACAAUUUUGAUUUCUACCUGUCUAAUGUUGGCAAAGACAACCCUCAGGGAAGCUUUGAUUGCAUCCAUCAGUAUGUUUCGAGCUCAGGGGCCUCUCACCUGGCAUUGUUAGCGACAGUACAGGACAAGGUCACAAUAUGCGCUACGAAUGACUCCUACCAGGUGACCCGGGAACGGAUGACACAGGCUGUGGAGGAUACACGUGAACGUGGAACCAAAGUCAUCAAACCGGGGGGCCAGUACAGGGGAAAGCAAGUACAUGUCCGUAAACCAGCACUGUCAACACCUGAGGUUGUCCCAGAGCGCAAGCGAUCAACACCCAUCAACCCAGCCAAUACUAUCCGCAAGUGCCUUUCCAACAACCCUGUAUCCCAGCGGCCAUUUCGGGACCGUGCCGUUCAUCUGUUGGCCCUAAGGCCCUACAAGAAGCUGGAAGUACUUGCCCGUUUGCAGCGGGAUGGAAUCAACCAUAAGGACCGGAACUCCUUGGGGACCACUCUGCAACAGGUGGCAAACCUUAACCCCAAAGACAAUACAUAUUCACUAAAGGAUUUUGUUUACCGUGAUGUCCAGAAAGACUGGCCUGGCUACUCUGAAGAUGAGAAGAUCCAGGUGGAGCGUAUCAUUGCUCGCAAACUAGGUCUUCCUACUGAGGCGCUCUCAAACAGCUCUCCCAAAGACAGUUUACCUUCAUCCCCUCGGAAGCGCCAGCCAGAUUUUGACUUUAUAGAUCCUUUGGCGCCAAAGAAAGCCCGCAUCUCUCACCUCAGCAAUCGUGGGCCAGCCACAUCUUUAUCAUCAUCAUCAUCCUCAGACCGCCGUGAGGCUGACGGAAGCCCCAGCGCUAAAUGCUCUUCUCUGCCCUCCAAUGUCAUCUUGGGUCCUCCCAGCCAUCUCCCAAUUCCCUCUCACCCUCCAGCACCCUCUCACCAGCAGCCUAGCCCAGCCUCCAGCUCGAAUUCCCCCAGCACGCCCGAGGGCUGCGGCACCCAGGACCUGCCCGUGGACCAGAGUUCCUCCUGCAGGGACCCUUCACCAAGUUCCUUGUCAUCUGAUAGAGCCUUGCAGCAGCAUAAUCAGCCCCCAAUCCCGGUGGCCACACCAGUUGCCUCACCGAGCCCUCCACCCUGUACCUCAGUCACUGUUACCUCCACUGUGAUCAGCAGCUCUCCCUUGUCCACUGGUGACAACAGGAAGUUCAAGAAGAAGUCCAAAAAGCACAAAGAUAAGGAUCACCUGCGAGACAAAGGGAAACGGACAGAAAGGGGCAGCAACAGAUCUCCAAGUGUAGUCGAGCAGGCUAAGGAGAAUCGGAAAUCUAAAAAGAGGCAGAAUGUUGAGGAUGAAAAAAGAGAAGUUACCGACAAGAAUCAACCCACAUAUCGAGACUACUCAGAAAAAGAGAAGAAUCCGGGCCAAUCCACUGUAUUCACAUCCACAAUUGAGGCGCCUGACUAUGAAACGAAGUACACGGCACUGGUGUCCACAGACCAGAGGCAGCGCUACAAGAACGACUUCAACGCUGAGUACGAUGAGUACCGUCUGCUGCACGCCCGCGUGGAGAACAUAACACGCCGCUUCACACAGCUGGAUUCGCAGUGCCGGAAGCUGGCACCAGGCACCAAAGAGUAUCAGAAGGUCCAAGAAGAAGUCUUGAAAGAGUACAAAAAGAUGAAACAACAUAGCCCCAACUACCACAGUAACAAACAGCGCUGUGAGUAUCUGCACAACAAGCUGGCACACAUCAAGCGGCUGAUAGCAGAUUUUGACCGACGGCGAGCCCAAACCUGGUGAUGAGAGUCCUCUCGCCACGUCACUGAUCAGUAUUGUCCAACCAAGAGUGGGGGUGGGGGGGGGGGGGAGGUCCAACUGACUCUCCUUUAUUAACACCCCCACAGUUGCUGCCUAUUCCCCCUUUCCUUAUUUGCCCUUAUCCCACUUUUCUUCUUUCAUUCCUUCUUUUUCCAAGCUUUGAUUCCACAGGCUGCAAUUGGCCUGAAAUGUUCUGAAUCCCAUAUUGACUUACUUUACCCUAUCACUUAUGGCUCCACCACCCCCAUUUUUUUCUCCUUUUCUUUCUCUGAGGCAUUGUGGAUGUUUCCAUAAGUGGGGGCUAUACAAAGAGCAAAUCGGUUUUGGUGAACUUUUCAUCUCUUCUUAGCGUUUGAAAGACUUUAUCUUGCAGGAAUUAAAAGUAUUUUUGAGCAUAAGAGAAACUAUUAACUUGUAUUUAAGAAAAAUAAGAUCUAUUUAUUUUGGGACUUGUAGUGCAAAGAGUCCGCUGUUGAUUUAACUUUUGCUAACCAACGCAAAAAACAAUUAUUGGCCUUAUCGGUUUUGACAUUGUCAAACCAUUUUGCACAUAAGAUCCAGAUAUCUUUUUUUGGCAAAAAUGUCUCCUGCAUCAUUGCUGUCCUCUCAUGCUGGUGGAGGCCACAUGACACAGGGCCGAGCACGAGAACCAACAGCAAGGGUGUGCAAUGGGGAAAUUAGUGAGCCGAUGUGUCUAUGGAUUGUAAACUGUUCUAAUGGCCAUGUGGGGUGUUGAGGGAAUUAAAUGUAGAGACCUCCUCGGGAGCAGUGUUCCCCCUGCACCAAGAGUGUUGAUGUCAAAGGUGCAUUAUGGGUGCCUUAAGGUGUUUCAACUCGAUUUUGGUGUAGGUUCACCCUUUUGGUGGAUAGUCUAUACAAAGGAACUACAACUGCCUAGGAAAAGGCUGUGUGCGUGCGUGCGUGCGUGCGUGCGUGCGUGUGUGUGUGUGUGUGUGUAAGCAGAAAACGGCAAUGUGACGCCUGUGUUACAAAUUGUAUGUGGGGGGGGGGUGUUUGAAUGAUUGUAUGAUUGUGCAAGAUUAAGGGGGGAAAUGUGGAGGAAAAAAAAGAAACAAACUGAAAAUAAGAAGGAAAGAAAAAGCUGCUAUUGUGUUUGACCAGCCAGAGCACUCAGGAUCAACCUGGUUGGAGUAACAAAUGAGAUGUUUGUCAGUUCUGACUUGCUUCUUCUGCUGUGUUGUUGAUGUUCUUCACCAAGGUCAUUCACCAGAGGACAAAUGUCUUAUCAGAUCAAAUGUAUUUGAUCAUUUUGAGUUCUGCAAUGCAUUGAUGCUUAAAAGUGGUAUUCAAUAUAAAAAUAUAUAUAUUUUUGAGUCUUUGUUAACAAGGGAAACAUUGUUUACAAAACCUGUGUUAUAAUCUUAAUAAUUAAAUACUUCUCUGGUACAUUUACAUGGAGUAGCAUUUAUGAUUGGGAAUUGGAUGGCUGGGGAGGUUAUUUUGCCACUGGCCCCCAGGAGGAAAAAAAAUUCCCUUUGUGCUGCACGGUGUCAAUGCUGCCGCCGUGCAAAUUGAAAGUACCAUUCUCUAGGCAUGGGCCCUUAAAAUCGUCAUCAAUUUCCUCCACCUCAUGGCGCUCCUGGCCACAGAUAACGGAAAGGGGAACUCAAAUCUCGCUUUUAGAACUACCACCAGCUGUGAUUGAGCUCAAUAAACAGUCACAAUUCACGAUUUCCUUGUUUAGGAAACAAAGUCACCACUUUUAUGUUGGAGUUGUCAAAGCAGACUUGGCGUAUUCAUUCUAUUUGGUCCUCAUUAGCCACGUGAAACUAUGCAUAAGGCAAGGGCUUUUACAUUCUGUACAUAUUGUACAGUUAUGUCACCCCAGCAACCAAAGAGAUAUGCUGUCAUUCAUUUUCACAAAAAAAAUAAAAAAAACUCCGCUUGAAAUGUUCUCAUGACCUCUUAAAUGUAUUAACAGAAGAUAAGCAAAUGCCCUGGCAAUAUCCAGCCAUGGAUUGAGAAAAAAAAUGAAGUGGAUUUGGAGCAAAAUCUGAUAAUGGCCAAAUAAAAAUGUGCAAGCUGUUUCAAUAAAAUCCACUUUGUUUUACCAA